AUGACUGAAAAGGAGAUUGUAGAAGUGUUUGUGCGGGUGCAAGAGCCCGAAUACUAUGACAGAAUCAUUUUGUUAAUCGGAGCCAAAUUCGCCGAGAUAAUCAAAGUUGGUGAGACUAUCAAAGACGGUCUGAAGUCGGGGAAGAUAGCCCGAGUAUCCGCAUCGCCUGGAUCUUCCGGAUUGAUGAGGAAGAAGAGAGAGGAGGUUGCCGCUAUUUCAUACGGGGGAAGAAAAAUCCCCAGAAACUCAUUGCAUCCUCAAGAUCGCUCCAAGCCUCCGCCAAAGUCUCACCAAACCUAUCGCCCACAAUCCAAUCAUUCCAGCAACUACAAUGCUGCCCCCACUUAUCCAGAUGCCCAAAUUUGUCGUAUCAAAAUCCACCCCCAAAUCUCCAAAAUUUUCCCUCCAUGUAUCCAAAUUACCCCCAAUCUUAUCAAAUCCCACCCCCUUAUCAGAAUAGCGCUCCCAACUGUGCCAAUGUACAGUCGAGCUAUCGAGCACCUUCCCCCACAUAUCAAGUCCAAGCUCCAGCAUAUCAAAGCCCCCUCCCGAAUUACCAAGCUCCAGUUUGAGAAGAGGCCCUCGAGAAACUUUACCGCGCUGCCUGAAAGCCGGACCAAGCUAUUUGAAAGAUUAUCUGCGGCCGGAUACAUCCACCCUGUGGGGCCCAAGCCCGUGGAUGUCAACUCUAAGUUCUACAAACCGGAGCAGAGAUGUGCUUAUCAUUCCAACAGCGUUGGACAUGACACAGAAGACUGUAUCAAUCUUAAGCACAAGAUCCAGGAUCUGAUCGACCAGGAAGUGGUCUCCCUCCAGCCUGCGGCGCCGAACAUCAAUACAAAUACGUUGCCGAAUCAUGGGGGUGGAAACAUUAAUAUGAUAGAAACAGACGAAGAUGAGUGUGAAACCAAGAGGAUUACUCCUGUUGCGCAGGAAGACUUGGAAAAGACUGUCGCUUCUUUAAGCGUCAAGGAAAAAGGAGAGUUCGUUAUUCUGACACCUACGAAGGUUGUUGCCUUGGUGCCCUCAAAAACUCUCGCCAAACCCAAGUUUGUCAUAGAAACGGUCGUGGCCCAAGGCAUGACUAGGUCCGGAAGAUGCUACACUCCUGAUGAGCUUGCUCUCGGAGGACAAAAGAAAGACCAUGCCAAGAGACCAAUAAGCGAAGCAGAAGCCGAGGAGUUCUGGAGGAGGAUGCAACCUAAAGAUUACUCCAUUGUCAAACACUUGGAGAAGACUCCGGCUCAGAUCUCCGUAUGGGCCCUACUGAUGAGCUUCUGGUCCCACAGACAGGCUUUGAUGAAAGCUCUGGAUGACACGUACGUGCCCUCAGGUACAAGCAGCGAUAACGUAGCUGCCAUGAUUCAUCAAGUCAUUCGGGGACACCGCAUCAGCUUCUGCGACGAUGAAUUGCCAGCCGAAGGGAGAUCCCACAACAAAGCUCUACACGUCACUGUGAUAUGCCGCGGAAAGGUCGUCAAUCGUGUUUUGGUAGAUGAUGGAUCUGGUUUGAACAUAUGCCCCUUGUCAACAUUGAAACAGCUGAGGUUUGACCUCGGAAAAUUGGAGCAAAACCAGGUUAAUGUAAGAGCGUUUGAUGGUGUGCAAAGAGACACAUUGGGGGCGGUGAACUUGACCCUCCAAAUGGGCCCCGCGGAGUUCAACGCGAAAUUCCAAGUGUUGGAUAUCGACACCAGCUAUAACCUUCUUUUGGGAAGGCCGUUCAUUCACAUGGCUGGAGCCGUCCCCUCCACUCUCCAUCAAAUGAUGAAGCUGGUAUGGAAAAAUGAGGAGCUAGUUGUUCAUGGUGAAAGAAGCCACUCAAGCAAGCAGGUGCCGGUCUUUGACGAGACGCCGCAAGGUUCGGAUUUUUACACGGUGGAGUUGGUAAAUGCCACCGAUGAGGAUUUGAUCCCGCAGACCCCCAUGCCGGCCGUGUACAGAAUGAUCGUCACGGUAAUGCUGCAGAACGGGUUCGAGCCAGGUUUCGGAUUGGGAAGAGAUUCCCAAGGGAUCAUUGAACCUGUUCCGGUCCUCGCUAAAGGAUUCAAGUAUGUCCGGGAGUAUGCUGAGCCUGAAGACCGUGGGGAAGGAAUCUGUGACCUCUUCAAGGAGAUCAAUGCUAUUAUCGAGGAAGAGGUUGAGCCAGCUGGUAUUCGUGAUGCUGAACUAGGGGAGAUGCUACGGAAUUAUACUUCCACGCCAAUCCUGAUGUCCCGAACUCUUUGUAACAUAAGUUACAGACCUGCCAAUGUCAUGUCAUGUCAUGAGCUAAAUGAACAAAGUGAGACAGAUGACGACAAAGUUGACGACUAUGAAGAAGAAAAUGGGGAACCAGAUUAUGUUGCAGAGGAAUUUUGA